UGACAUAAGAAAGCCGAGUGAAAUUCAACGAAAACAGAAGCAUUAUAAUUGUGCGAUAUUUUGUGAUUCAAUUGUGAAAAAAAAUUGCUUGUGUUCAUCUAAAGCGACGAAGAUUGUAUUUGUCAAGUGAAUCAAUUGUGAAGUUCAUUGUGUAGAAGUUUGAACAUCGGGAGAUUCCAACACAACUGAAAUGUGGCAGAACCCAGGAGUUUAUCCAGGAGAUCAGAAUCAAGGCGGACCGUACCCUCAGGGCGGGGCGUACCCGCAAGGUGGACCGUACCCGCAAGGUGGACCGUACCCACAGGCUGGAGGCUACCCGCAGGGUGGAGCUUACCCUCCAGGAGGAGCGUAUCCCCCGGGUGGAGCAUACCCGCAGGGCGGAUAUGCGCCCCCUCAGCCUGGCUUCCAACCUGCAUAUGGCGGCGCUGGUUACGGUGAACCGGGCUAUAUCCCACCGAACGACUCAGUCGGCGAAGAUGGCGAAGUCAAGGGUUUCGAUUUCACUGAAAAAUCUAUACGCAGGGCUUUCAUCCGAAAGGUGUACGCGAUCCUGAUGUGUCAGCUGAUGGUGACGAUGGGUUUCAUCGCUCUGUUCCUGUACCACCGACCGACCAAAGUCUGGGUGGCCCAAAAUCCCUUCAUGUUCUGGGUGGCCUUCAUAGUGCUGAUAGUCUGUCUCAUCGCGAUGGCGUGCUGUCCCGACGUGAGACGCAAAGCUCCGACGAACUUCAUAUUCCUGGCCAUCUUCACGGCGGCGCAGAGCUUCCUGCUCGGCAUUAGCGCAAGCGUCUACGAAGCGGAUGCGGUGCUGAUGGCAGUUGGCAUAACGGCGGCCGUGUGCCUGGGCCUGACUCUGUUCGCUCUGCAGACCAAGUGGGACUUCACCAUGAUGGGCGGCGUGCUGCUCUGCGCCACCAUCGUCCUCCUUGUAUUCGGUAUCGUGGCAAUAUUCGUGAAAGGUAAGGUCAUAACGCUCGUGUACGCGUCCCUGGGCGCUCUCAUAUUCUCCAUUUACCUCGUCUACGACACCCAGCUGAUGAUGGGGGGCAAGCACAAGUACAGCAUCUCGCCCGAGGAGUACAUCUUCGCGGCCCUCAACCUCUACUUGGACAUCAUCAACAUAUUCCUGUUCAUUCUGACCAUCAUCGGAGCUUCAAGAGAUUAGGCGAUUAGAUUUCUACUCAUGUUCCAUUUGAGACGAGAGUAUUAUGUAUUAAAACAACUUUUUUUUUUCUUUUUGAUUUUUCAUUGUUAAAGGUAUUAAUUAAACAAAUACGAUAUUGUAAUAGUGUUUUCGUUUACGCAGAAAUAUGACGAUUACGUUGUGAUAAAUAAUUAAAUAUGUUUUUUUUUUUUAUAUUUUCACAUUGAAUUAUUUUCUUUAAUUUCGUAUGGCUCGGAUGUCUGUGCCUGCGAGUGAACAGCUGUCAUGAGCCGCGGCCAUUUUGUUUUUGUUCAAAGAGUAUUUAAUGUUGAUUUAUAUUGUUUGUUUCACUUUUAUAACUAGUUGUGAUGUUAAUUGCAUUUAUAAUGAGCAAUAAUCAUCGCCUAUCUACUUAACAAAUAAAUUAAGGAUUUUUAUUCAGAUUUUUUUUGGGUAAUAUCGGCAGUACAAGUAUUCUGGAUUUGACACAGAGAUACGUUACACAACACUUAAGUUACAUUGUUAAUGACACGGGCAAUGAUAGUGUUGAAACACACCUUCGCGGUCAUAACCUAGAUAUGAAUAUCAAAAAGACCACAUUUAAAAAAAAAAAUCAAAUUUAGGUCUCAAAAUCAAUUCGUAACUAUGGUAAUAAAAAACAUUCCUACCUACCGAUUACAUUAACUCCUUAUAAGACUGAAUGUGGCUUAUAAUUCAUCCUAUAGUCACUAAUAACUACAAAAUUACGUUACAAUCUUAUAGUGCCACAGUAGACUCCCGCCGCUAGGCCAAGAGCUCGAUUCCCGCACAGUAAAAACAUUCAUAUGCCAAAAUAUUGUUUGCUGUCUAUGUAUAUACAAUAUAUAAAGGAAUAUAAGUGUUUGUACAAGUACAGGGAAUCCUACUCUAGGGAAAUGUAUGUUGUGACCUCGAUUACAGCUGAUAAUUUCGGAACUGCCAAAAAUUACCCAAAAAAAUCACGAAUAAUUAGUUUCACUGUAUUAAUGUUGGAAUAUACAAAAUUUCAAUAUGCAUUACGAAUAACUUUUAAGGUCGCUUCGAACUAUAUAUAAUAUGAUAAUUAUAAUUAUUAAUGUUGUAGUUUAAAAACGAUUUGUGUCUUUGAGAACAAGCACUAUGUAGAUUGACUGAAUUUAUUAAAUAUGAAAUGCUUGAGAAAAUACUUUUUUUUAAUAGUGUUAUUCGCAAACUAAUCACAGUUUCGAGUCAAAUAAAUACAUAAUAAAGAUAAUUGAGUGCUUUAUUAAAAACUUAUUAUAAUAUUCGUAAUGAACUUCAAAUGCUUAGUAGCAGUAUUGCCACGUUUAAAGUCACGCUGUUUUUAAAAAAUAAAACACGUUAUGCUGUUAAUAUACACGUUUUGCGGUGGCAACCCUAGUGAUAACAGUAGAUAUUAAGAAAAACACUCAAGUAUUUUCAGACACUUCCAACACAGACGUUUGACAUUUAUAAAAUUGUUCAUUGAGUUUGAAAGCGCAAAAAAAAAUUAUGCUGUUUUUUACAUACACUGUUAUAAAUUAAUAAAAGCGUUAUAAAAAUGUAGCAGCUCUUGUGGAAUAAGCUUAUAACUGUAGUACUAUACUAUAGUGACGUUAAUAUUAGUGUUCUAGAAAUAAUUAAAGUAUACCAAACUUAUAUACUGCGAUCCGGUAAUCACAUUUCCGAAAUUCGAACAAAAAUAUGAUACGACCAUUUAGUGAUGAUCCUUCGUGAGCACGCCUGCCUUACUCGAGACUAUGGCGUCGUCGUAAGCGAACAACGGAAUGAAACUACCUACAAACACAUAAGUCCUAUGUGAUUACGUUAGCGAAGCGAUGCUAUAAUAUAAUCUAUGACAUUUAUAAUUUUAUUUUUAGUUGUUACACAACAAUAUUAAUUCUUAAAACGUUUAUCGCUACAAAAUGGAAACGAACAUUAUAAAAAAUUCAAAUAUAUUUUCUAGUCACAUUUUCAAAUUAUUCUCAUAAGUGUACUUUUGAUCAGAAAUAAGUUGUGUGUUUCGCUUCGCUUCGCAUCUCAUCGCAUCGUAUCAUUCCAUCAUUCACUUUAGCUAAUUAGGUUUCAGAGUUUUGUACCUAUAGACAAUUUAACAAUUCAAAUUUUUUCCAAUCGUUUCACAUCCUGCAAGCCGUUAACAUUAUAAAAAAACUACAGAAUAAGAUUGGAAUUCGUGUGUAUUUAAUGUUAGUAUUACUUAUGUAGGUAACGACUAAGCAAAGUAAAGCGGAAAGAAGCUCGGCUGUAGUCAUCUAAAUUCAGCUUAAUUGAACCUAUUGUUAAGGUCUAAUCUCGCGUAUUCUAAUCAUGUUAUGUCCGACGUAUUAUUUCCGUUUGCAAUACUUACAGUUGUCAUGGUCACCGCCGAAAUCGGCUCGGAAAUAAUAAUAAUAAUAUGAUGACAAUAAAAAAAUUCGAGAUUAAAACGUAAAAGUAGUUUUUAAAUCUAUAAGACUCGCGAUGAAAAUACUAAAUUCAGCUUUGUAUAGUAUCGUGGAUCAUACAAAUGUAUUUAUUACGAUAAGUAAACGGGUAUGGGCUACUUAUAAGGUUCACAUAGACGGGCUCGGAGAGCAUCGGCUCGCUUUUUUAUUUUCACACAGGCCUAGAAAGAGCGCGCGAUCGGAGCCGGUCGGCUACGCGAGCGAGAAAGAGCGCGCAAUCGGAGCCGGUCGGUUAUGCGAGCGAAAAAGGGCGCGCAAUCGGAGCCGGUCGGUUCCUCUUAUUAUUUCACACGCAGCGCGUUCAAGCAUUCUUAAUGACAAAAAAGUAUACAUGCAAAAAUAAACUUUACUACAAUUACUCAAAACUCUGCUUCCAACGUGAUAAAAAUCUGCUCUCCUCUCCGAGCCGGUCUGUGUGAACGGACCCUAAGCCUCAAGAAAUGGCAACAUUAUCGUCCUUGUCGCGCAUGUGUGACGCAAACAGGAAACGCAGCUUAUGUUCUACUUAAUAUUUAUGAUGACGUAUUAUUCUUAAAAUAAAUCGUUUUUUUUUACGGCGCUGGCAAUGUGUCGAUGAUUGCGACAAUUUUGGACUGAAAGCAAUUUUGUCAUUGAAAGUUCGGUACCGGUCACGUGCUGACUUCAGUUUCGCGCUAACUUACCGUUUAUACAUGUUCCCGUUGCAUGAGCAGUAUCGACGUCGGUUGCGCUUAAAAA